UCCCAUCCUGCUGAAAGUGUGUUGUGAGAAAGAGCAGAAAGCUGCCAGAAGCUCAAAUUCGCGCUUCAGCACAAUCGAGUCCAGUGGAGCCUAUGAUGCCUCCCCCUCCUGGAGUGGAAGCUGAAUGGCAGAUGCUGCCCAAAUGUUCAUUAAUUGAGAGGCUUCCGUCCCCGGACGCCCCUGGAUCUUGGACAGAAAAAAAAAAUUCGGUCGAAUAUGCAGGAUGAGGAGCCUCCAGAUCCUGUGCGCCCUUAGCGCCCAGCCACAGAGUCAAAUGCAAGCAUUCCCCGGGAUGAGAAAGAAAGAGAUCGAUCAAGGUCUGGCUGCGGCUUUCCAGCGAAGAUGCUGCGCGCAAGGAACGCCAGCCCCAGAGCGGCUCUGUGCGACUCUGCGGCACCCUGCUGCCUGCCGGCCCCCUUUCCCAAUUUGCCCUCCGGCCAUUCGUCUGCACAUGAAUUCCCUGCACUUGUGAGUGAACCCACACAAGUUCUCUAGGCACGGUCCUCCUACUCUUUCCCGCGGGGAAGGGUGGGGGUAGUUUUUCAACCUUAACCUCUCUACUACCUGGAGGAAGGUGACUGUACUGGGAGGGUGAGGGAUUGUUUUACAGGUUCCAGGGCGUCAGAAUUAGGUGCCAGUGCUAAAGUGGCUUGUUUUCUUCCUUUGCCCUUUGACAACUGGUGAGCUGACAGCUGCCUGGGCGCAACCCCCGGGCUCACUUUGCAGCCGGACGCUGAGUUUCAGACUGCAGCCCGGUUCCGCGUAGACCCGGGCCUCUUCGCCCCUCAUCCAAGUCUGCGGCGGAUGGAUGCUGACAGACAUCCUCUGAGCAUUGGUUAAAGCUCUACCUUUGCACCUCCUGUUUAUCUACCGCCACCUCCAUCUCCCCCUCCCCUCCCGUCUCCUUCUCUUCCCCAUCCCCACCCUUUCAUCAUUUGCACCACCACCAAAUUACGUGCCCCUUUGGUAGAGUCGAAGCUCCCCGCUGAAGUGAGGGGGAGGGCGAUACCCAUCCCCCCUCUCCCAUCUCUGCCUAGGCUCCGGGUUUUACUGCAGCAAUCGGAGGUGACAGCGCCACCUCGGUCUCCUCCGUAGCUCUCAGAGCCCCUGCUUCCCCCAGUAACUGGGAAAGCGCCCCCUCUUGAGAAGCUAAUUUCUGAAGAAGUGCGAACAGGCUACAGAAAAAAAAAAAAAAAGAUUUUGAAAAUGUAGAAGUCACCGGGAUGCAUUCCUCCUCGGAGAAGAGCCCAAUCUCCCAGAACUGAGUAUCAGCGCAUAGGAAGUUAGGACCUUAGAGCGAAGGGGGAGGGGAGUGGUGCAGCCCGCAUUCUCUUCUGGAAGGAGUCACUGCAAGCCCUGCGGUUGGACAUAAGUUUGCGUAAGAGUGUUUUCCUUUUGUCAAUUAUUAAUCACCGGAAUCAGUUUGGCAGAACUGGAGUUUUAGCAGUAGUGCAGAGGGCGGGGCCCGAACACCUAACUCUGGGAGCCUCGGCUGCGCCCAGCACAGUGGCAAGCUAACAGAAGCUGGGGAGAAGCCAGAGCAUCUAAGCUCACUCAGCAAAAGAUGAAGAAAUAGAGCCCAAGGAAGAGAGAUAACCUACAUCAGAUCAUUCCGAGGAAAAGCGUCACCGUGCACCAAGCCUAGACCCUCCAGGACAGGUGACUUCCACCACUCCCAUCCGUGUUGGACUGGCACCUUUAGAAAUCUUUUAGAAACGUGACCUUUCUCGUGGCAGACUUUCCACAGCUCGAGGAAGAGCCAUGGAUUUCAAGCGUGUGAAGGAGUAUUUUGCCUGGCUCUACUAUCAAUACCAAAUCAUUACCUGCUGUGCUGUCAUGGAGCCUUGGGAACAAUCCAUGCUCAACACCAUCAUACUAACCAUUGUUGCUAUGGUGGUAUACACUGCCUAUGUCUUCAUCCCCAUCCACAUCCGACUGGCUUGGGAAUUUUUCUCCAAAAUAUGUGGAUAUGACAGUUCAAUAUCUAACUGAUAUCAUCGGAAUUCUGUGAAAUGGCGUAAUGUAUUCACAUUGCUUACAACUUACUGACUUGGGUGACUGUGUUAUCGUUCACCUGUGACCUGACCAGCACUCUUUCUAUGCACUGUCACACACAUCCUGCCUGGAGUACAAGAUAGGUGUCUUCCCGCUUGCUUUUGAACAUGCAGCAUUGUGCAUCAGAUGAUAGGAAAGGCCAUGAGUUUAACCCCAUAGCCCACAUUUGCUCAACUCAACUCUGUGGCUGUAGAUUUCUUUUGAAAUCCGGAUGCUUUGAAAUAAAACUUUUCUGGAAGAUAGGCUUAUAAGAGACAUGAUGGAGUCAUAUUUACACUACUCUUUUCAUAUUAUUCCACAUGAAAGGAUAUGUUACAAAAGUAUUCUUCAUAGGCUACUGUCAAAAGUACCCUGCACUUGUUUACAAUUUAUUAAGAGGUGGGAAUAAAAUAGAUGAACCUGUAAAGUCUUAUUUUCUGGUAGAUAGCUAACACCUAAAAUUCAUUUUUUUCUUCCUUUUUAAAUUUUCAUUUUCUUUGCUUCACCUAAAAUUCUUUUACUUUACAGUAAUAGGCUAGAGACAAUUGUCCUCUUUCGGAUUUUGUUUCAGCAAUGUUUCAAAUGCUCCUGAAAUCUGGCUUUAUCGCAGCUUUAAAGGAAUGUUGAUUUUCAGGUAAACAAACAACUACUGUACUAGAGAAUAAUUUAAGUUUCAGAAACAAAGCAUAAUCAAGGCAAAUUCGCAUAUUGUGACUCUUGAUCAUGGCCCACCUUACAUGAUGCUGGAGAUAAAAGAAGAGAGAUCGUUGUUUUGCUGUGCGUUUGGUGAGAGGAAGGAAAACUGCACGUCCUGGACCACAGGAAGAAAGGCUGAUAAAUAGACUGGAAGUAAUAGCCAAGCAGCAGGAAGUCAACAGCUCCAGUUAAAGGCUUUGAUACAGCAGCGCCUUUGCACAGCAGAAACAAGAUAUAUUAAAUUUCUCUCAAAAUGGUUAUCUUCAAAGUAAACGUAAGAGUUUAAUUAUAGUGCUGAGUCAAACAUACAAGCCAAAGACCAAGCCUUGCAGCUUUUCUUUCUUCCCAGUAAAGAUUAACAUUAGUGAUUCUGGAGGGUUAAAAAAAAUAAAUAAAUAAUAAACAUGUUUUGGGCAAUAUUGGCACCUUUGUUUUAGGAGGAAAAUAUUCCAAGGAGUCAUACAAAGAAAGAUAUUUGGCAUGCAAAAUCAGCCUGCAUGUCUAUUUAAAAAACAAAAUGUACAUUUUAAACAGAAACCAGAUAUGAAAUAUAUACUUGUUGAUUUUUGCAAAAUAAAAUUAAGUUUACUUUUAUAAGCAAA